CCCGAAGGACGCAGAUGCCCCGAAGGAAACAGCACGCACCGCAACGCAUGAAAUGUAAGUAGUGGUCUCCGAUCGUUUGAAAAGCGAGCGGCUCGGAGCCGCCGCACCGGACGAGAGAUAUGCGCAGCAAGCAGCAGCCCAGGCCUUCUUUCCGAUGGCCGCAGCAACGCGGUGAUAACCUUACCGGGGAGGACGGCGUCGAAGGCUCUGCGCCCGGUACGGACCUCCAAGGCGAGGAGGGCGAUUGCGUUGACGAGGAUGGCCCUAUUAGCCCCAGCGAGCGGGGCUGCGCGCCCGCUGCGAAGGAGGACGAGGAUGCCGAGGGAACGGACGAAGAGGAUGACGAGGAGGCAUCGCCACCUACACCUCCACCUUCCGCCACCUCAAGGUUAAACCCGACUAUCCUGCGAGAUACGGGACCUCCGGAUAGGGAGCCAAUGAGUCCGCGCUGUCCCUCGAGAGAUUCUCGGGAAUCAUCCGGUCCGGCGACCGGAAGUCCCCCACCACCUGCUACCAGGAGCAGCGCGAGCCCAGUCAGUCCAAGUAGUAUCGUGCCUCUACCCCUUGGAACUCACUCCCUGCUACCACCCCACUCGGCAGCGGUCAUGGCGGCGUAUCUGCAACAAACCCAUCAACGUCUCCUCCUCGGCCACUCGCCGUUAUCACGUGGCUCGGUGUCGCCGCUGGUUUCCUCCUCGUGUUCGCCACCAGCCGCCACCCCUGGCCUCUUGGUGUCACCUACCAGCGUCGGAGAUAUUUCGCCGUCAGCGACACCCCUGCCGGCUGUGUUAGACUUUAGCACGAGAAAGACGUCCUCGAUUGAAGAAGACGAGGAGGAACAGAUAUUAAAUCUCAGCAAACCACCUACGCCGUCUUCUUCGACGGAGACGAACAAUGGUCCGUUGGAUCUUUCGGUAUCCAGCAGGAAACGACCUGGUUCGGAAGAUUCGCCGCCGCCGCCACCUCGCAAGUCAUCAAGACUGGGUUCCACGACAAGUUCCACGAGCCAUCAGGAAACAGCACCAGGAGUUGCGCCAUCAGGUUUCGGUAGACCCCCCGUGGUUUCUCCCUGGACGUCGCCGGUGGUGGCCACGCACUUUCCGUACUUCGCCGCAGCACCGUAUCAACCUAGCGAGGCUACAAAGGCGCUCGAAAAAAUGAGCGAGCUGAGCAAGCUGGGCGGGGAGGAUCUCUUCAGGUCGUCUUCCGGAGGUGGUGGUACAGUGACAGGUGCCAAUGCGCCAGCGACGACGUCCAGCAGUCGUCAUAGCGCUUGGCAAUCUCACUGGUUGAAUAAAGGUGCCGAUCAAGCGAAGGAUGUUCUAAAAUGCGUGUGGUGCAAACAAAGUUUCCCGACUUUGGCCGCAAUGACGACGCACAUGAAGGAAGCGAAGCACUGCGGCGUGAACAUGCCGGUACCACCGCCAGCACCAGGAAUUCACUCACAGCAGACGACGAUGCCUACCAUACCACCGCCUCAACAACCACAUCAACCGCAGACAUCUACCGGUAAUACUGGCAGCAACACUUCGGGUACACCUAGCAGCAAACAAAGUCCAUCCGAUUUGAAUCUACUGAUUAAGGAAACGAUGCCACUGCCGCGGAAACUCGUGCGAGGUCAAGAUGUCUGGUUAGGCAAGGGAGCUGAACAAACGCGACAGAUUCUAAAGUGUAUGUGGUGCGGACAGAGUUUCCGUUCGCUAGCCGAGAUGACCUCGCAUAUGCAGCAAACGCAACAUUAUACGAACAUCAUCUCUCAAGAACAGAUAAUAUCUUGGAAAUCAUCGGAUGACAGCAAGGGUGGUAAUUCUACCGGCGCUGGCGGAGGUAGCGGAAAUGUCGCUGGUGGAGGUGGCACAGGGGUACAGCCGGGUGGAGGGUCCGGACCUCACAGCGGAAACAACGGUGGUCCCGGAGCAGGCGCCACAAGCAGUCACGUUAGCGCCGUGCUGACCUGUAAGGUUUGCGAUCAAGCAUUCAGCUCCUUGAAAGAGUUGAGCAACCACAUGGUCAAGAAUUCGCAUUACAAGGAGCAUAUAAUGCGGUCGAUUACAGAAAGCGGUGGACGUCGGCGGCAAACGCGCGAGAAGCGGAAAAAGUCACUGCCCGUGAGAAAAUUAUUAGAGCUGGAACGCGCGCAAAAUGAAUUCAAGAAUGGCGACGCUGCUGUGGGUUUGACUCAUAGUCUCGGAAAGCAUGCUGGGAGAAUCACGUGCGAGAAAUGUGGCGAGAAGAUAGAGACCCCGCUUUUUGUCGAGCACAUACGCCAGUGCAUCGGCGCGGGCACGGUGGGUGCUAAUCAGCGAAACUUUUUGAAGAACGCGCUCAUGUCCAAUCAUUUGCCCGCGUUACCGCCAACCGAGAGCGGACGUAAGAGCGUCAACGAGGAAACGUCUUCGAUAUCAUCGAGGCAUCACCGGUCUCCAUCUUCGGCCAGUGACGCGACCACGCCGGGAAAAGAUACUCCUACACCAACUGCUAAUGAAACUACCGCUCCGAUGGGCACCUCACCGUCGGUUUUGAAUGCAAUAGAGAAGCUCAUCGAGAAGAGUUUCGAUUCUCGCGUGAGGCACGGUACGCCCGGCUUGCAUCACGCUCAACCCGGCGCGCCAAUGGGUACGAGCAUUCUUAAGCGUUUGGGUAUCGACGAGAGUGUAGAUUACACAAAACCUCUGGUGGAUCCGCAAACGAUGAAUCUGCUUCGAUCUUAUCAACAGCAACAUCAGCAGCAACAUUACAACGCCAAUGCCGCGGCGAGAAGAGAGCGAAGCGGCAGCGAGUCUAGUUCGAUAUCAGAGCGAGGAAGCGGUAGGACGGAUACUAUGACACCGGAGAGACGCAUGGACCUGACUAACACGAGUCAUGAAAGACACUCGAGUUCUUUGCCUCAUCAUCAUCGCGUCACUCCCGAGAAGCAAACCGCUUCGUUACCUAGUCGUCAUCAUCAAACCGCGGAAGAAUCCGGAGACGAAGAGUCAUCUACUGUGGUAGUGAAGAAAGAACCGAGGGACGAGGAAACAGAAGAACGAAGCGCGAACGAGGAGGAGCAACAACAGUCGCAAUCGACGAGGGAAGUGUUCGUGAAGAAGGAGAUAGUAGACGACUGCAGGGACGAGGAGGAUCAGAGUUCCUACAAUCACCGAAGAAGUAGCCUUCAUGAGACGCCGGAAGAUGGACGAGAGGUUCUAUCACCUCGUAUGAAUCCACCUACGCCCCGACCGACCAGCCAAGUGGAACAGGUCGCGCGUAGUCCUUGUAGAAACAGCACGAGCAGUCCCACUAGCAGCGAUCGGUCGGUCACGCCGCGAGGUACACCUGACACUAAGGCAUCCAGCAGUCUCGGAGCGCUUUCCUCCAUGUUCGACAGCUUGUCCGGCGGUGGUGGUGGUACUGGCAGCGGCAAUAACGUCGACUCGCAAGGACGUAAAACAAGUAGCCAUCCUCUCGCGGCAUUGCAGAAAUUAUGCGAUAAGACAGAAACGCGAGGUCCCGGUGCUAGCAGCACCUCGAGAUCCGGAGGUAGUUCUGCAGCUAGUACCAUCGGUUCAGGCAGCGGUAGUACGGUAGGGGUGUCCGGUCCAGGCCCCGGUCCAACACCAGGUGCCAUCUUGGCUUUCAGCUGGGCAUGCAACGAUGCCGUGGUCACCGCGGAUUCAAUAAUGAAGUGUGCAUUCUGCGAUACGCCUUUUAUUUCGAAAGGUGCGUACAGGCAUCACCUGUCCAAGAUGCACUUUGUCAAAGAUGGCGUCAUCCCGGAUCCAUUGACCAUCGGCAGAUCAGCGGCAGAAACGUCGCAGCGCAACAAGUCGCCGCCGAUUCCACAGGCAAACGGCAGCCCGUCGCAGUCAGCGGCCUCACCCCUCGAGGAGAGCCCACACUCCAAAUUUCUCAAGUAUACGGAGCUGGCAAAGCAAUUGUCCAGCAAGUACGUAUAGUCCGAGCCCCGUAAGUAGCGGUGCCACUUGUACAUAAGUGUAUCUAUACUGUAACGACUGUAAAACUAGCGAUGUGAAAAUUUUCAUCCCCUUUCCCCGCGAACACCGCUACGCCGAAAGACGUCGUCGUGCAUCCGACGUCUUCGGAUUUAUGCUUAAAGAGGCUGUGUCGUGGCUAUAUCGAUAAUGGAAAAGAGGUCAUAUGAGAGCUCGUACAAUUACAAUAAAAUAAUUUCACAUUAUCAUCUAUACAUUUGAUACAAAUCUUGUAUCCUUAUUGCUGUAAAACGAGAUGAGUUGAAUCAUAAUAUAUUUGUAGUUUUCUUGUAAUUGGUAUAUAUUUACAAAUCAAGGACUGAAAUUAAUAUAAAUUUACUGAGCUUAGAUUUUGAUGCCAUAAGAACGAAAGAUGAUUUCUGUGUUAAAAGCCUAUUCUACGAUGUGCUUUUUGCAAUUUGUUUUCUAUUUCUUGCUUUUUACAUCUUGCCUUUUUUCCCUUUUACAAUCGUUUUAACAAUAAUUGUAUUUCUUGUUACUGUUUCUUAUUUCUUCUGA